UGGUAAAGAAAACAAACGGAGAGUGGCGACCAUGCGGCGACUACCGAACACUAAACAACGUAACAGUGCCGGAUCGAUACCCUAUUCCGUACAUACUGGAUGUAAAGAGCAUCCUACUCGGUAAAAAAAAAUUUUCAAAAAUCGACCUGCAAAAAGCGUAUCACCAGAUCCCUGUCGAACCGCAAGAUAUUCCCAAAACAGCAAUUAUCACGCCUUUUGGGCUAUUCGAAUUCUUGUUCAGGACAUUCGGCUUACGCAACGCAGCGCAAACUUUUCAGCGUCACAUAAACAACGUAAUGCAGGAUCUCGAAUUUGUUUUCGCAUAUAUCAACGACAUUCUGAGACGCACCUCCGUACGAUCCUUGAACGCCUUCGAAAGGCACAUAUCGGCACAAUUCGGUAAGUCACAACUCACGUUCCUGGGACAUGACAUCAGCCAGCACGGCUUGAAACCAUGCGAAGCCAAAGUGGAAGCCAUCCGCCACUUUAAAAAACCGCUUAUAGCUAAAGAUUUGAAAAAUUUUCUGGGUAUGAUCAACUUCUAUCGGCAGUUUAUCCCACGUCCUGCUGAUAACCAACACAUACUCCAGACGCUAAUCCAAGGCAAUAAAAAGAACGACAAAACCCCGAUACUCUGGUCUACAGAAGCCGACGCAUUUGACGCCUGCAAGAACGAGCUUGCAAACGCUGAACUACAUGGCACCUAACUCGCAAUUAACACUAACCACCGAUGACGCCAUGGGUGCCGUGUUACAUCAGAUUGUCAACGAGCAGCCACAACCACUGUGUUUCUUCUCCAAGAAAUUCACACCGACGCAAAAGAAGUGAACCUACGAUAGAGAACAGACUGCCAUCUAUCAGGCCAUUUUGCACUUCAAGUUCGCAUUGGAGGGCAUAAACUUCAUAAUUUUCACCGACCACAAGCCGCUGAUGUACGCUUUCAAUCAAAACAUCAAGAAAGCAUCACCGUGACGCGCGCGCCUACUGGAUUUCAUCAGCCAAUUCAGUACCGAUAUCCGGCACAACCCAGGAGAGGAAAACAACGUGGCUGAUCUUCCAUCAAACACAUCGACUUCGACGAAUUGGCACUGGAACAGGAAAACGACGACGAACUGCAAUCGCUACUCAAUUCUGAUCCAGAAAAUACCAUCUCACUAAACAAAAUUUUCCCUUUCAGGCUCAAACAAGCAAUUGUACUGCCACGUCGCCAAUAACCAGAUACGCCCGUUCAAGCACUGCACUCGUUGAGCCAUUCAGGAGUUAAGGCGAUGAAUAAAUUGGUCGGCAAACACUAUGUUUGGCCCCACAUGGCGAAGGAUGUGGCCAAAAUCGUACGCUCUUGCAUCCCGUGUCAAAAAGCCAAAAUCCAACGACACACCAAAUCGCCACUGGGAGAGUAUGCCGCCAGCGACGCCCGUUUCGAACACAUCAACAUCGACAUCGUUGGCCCACUGCCAUCAUCGAACGGAUACCGAUACUGCCUCACGUUUAUCGAUCGCUUCUCAAGAUGGCCCGCAGCAAUUCCGUUAGUCGACAUCACAGCACAAUCUGUGGCCAACUCCCUGAUUUUGGGCUGGUUCGCUCUGUACAGAAUCCCUCUCCACAUCACAACGGAUUUAGGCCGACAAUUUGAGUCUACACUGUGCCAAGAGCUCACCAAAAUUUGCGGUUUUAAGCACAUGCGCACGACGGCGUACCAACCACAAGCUAACGGAAUGAUCGAACGCUGGCACAAACCAUUAAAUGCUGCCUUAAAAUGCGCCGAUCCUAUCAACUGGAGCAGUUCCCUGCACUUAAUCCUCCUAGGCCUACGUACAACAGUUAAAAGCGACAUCGGGCUGAGCCAAGCUGAAAUGUUUUAUGGCACCGGCCUACGGGUCCCUGGCGUGUUUUUUACACCGAACACACAAAAACAUACCGAGUCCGAGUUCGCCGAGGCUCUUCAAAAAACUGGCAAAGCUGUACAGGACGGCGGAUAAAUAAAUAAGAAUAUUAUAGCUCCCAUAGAGGCUACUCACAGGGAGCUAGACUUCGGCUUCAGCUUCGUUACCAUAAAGGUAUACAGGUCGGUCUCGGGCGAGGGAGCGAAACAGACCACAACUCAGUAGGAACUGGCCUCAGAAUUAGAAUCCUCAGAUAUAGAGAACGGCUACAGCACGGAUGCAUCGCUGCUGCGCAGGAUGGCUGCGAGUCGGGUCAUCGAUGAAGACAUAUCCGACGACGAGGAGACAGAGAUCACUAUGGUGGUGGUUGAACUGUCAGAUAUCCUUAGGGAUUAUGCAGAUAAACCGCCACCAUUGUAAGGCAGCCUCAGCUGCACUGCUGCUCCAUUUGGCUGAGGAUGGAGCCGAUAUAGCCCUAGUCCAGGAAUCAUGAAUAGCAGGAGGUAGGUAUUCUGGAAUAGCGUCCAAGGAGUACAAGCUAUUUAUAGCUAACACUGAAGCAACGAAGGCAAUGCGGCAGCCACCUUGGAGUACCAAACGGUUACUAUCGUCGUACAUGGCCUAUGAGAUGCCGGAACCCCCCGACAAGCUAUUUGAUAAGCUAGUACAGGACAGCAAAAGGCUAAACCUAGGCCUCCUUAUAAAAUGUGACUUCAACGCUCACCACUCACAAUGGGCGAGCUCAAACACAAACGACCGCGCUCUGGCUCUGUGUGAUUGGUCACAGUUACAACAAAGGAGAAGAAACUUAGCCCGUCGACACUGUUCCCCCCGGGAAUCAUCUUCGUAUUUUUCAAAAAUGUCUGAGAUUGGAUGUUUAGAAAUUAAUAAUUUGAUAAACCAAAUGAAAAUCAAAUCAUUUGAAAAAAAAUACGAUAUAAAAAACCUAAUUCUUAAAGCUAGCGCCAACAUGUUUUGCCAAUAUAUGUGUUCAACUCGGUUUAAUUAUAAUGAUAAAGAGUUUCAUAAAAUAGUUCAAUAUUUUGAUGAAAUAUUUUGGGAAAUAAACCAGGGAUAUUCCCUCGAUUUCUUGCCUUGGCUUAAACCUUUUUAUAGUUCUCACACAAAGAAGAUUGUGCAUUGGUCUACGACAAUAAGAAAAUUUAUUAUGGAUAGAAUUAUUAACCAAAGGGAAAAAAGAGUAGAUUUGGAUGAGCCGGAUAAAGACUUUAUUGAUGCUUUGCUGAAAAGCUUAAAAGAGGAUAAGAAUGUUUCCCGAAACACUAUAAUUUUUAUGCUAGAAGAUUUUAUUGGAGGGCACUCAGCUGUUGGGAACUUGGUGAUGUUGGCUCUUUCAUAUAUAGCUAAAAAUCCUACGAUUGGUGAAAAAAUAGAGAAAGAGGUGUAUGGAAUAUCAAAAAAGGGAUCUCGAAGGAUUAGCCUUUAUGAUAUGAAUAUAAUGCCAUACACAAUGGCGACUAUUUUGGAAGUACUUCGCUGCUCUUCUUCCCCCAUAGUUCCACAUGUAGCGAUGGAAGACACAGUUGUUGCAGGAUUUGGUGUGACGAAAGGCACUAUUAUAUUUAUAAAUAAUUAUGCGUUGAAUAUGAGUGAUAAAUACUGGUUAAAUCCUGAAAAAUUUGAACCCGAACGAUUUUUGGAGGAACAAAGAUACUCUAUGAAAACAUAUAAAAAUAGGCGAAGCUCGAAUGGGUCAGAUUCUGGUAUUGAGUUUGAAAGCGAUAAAGGAAUUGGCAAUAAAACAAUAAUUAAGAACAACUUUUCAAAAAAAAAUGGUAAAAAGUCUUUAAAAAUAAGAUCAUAUAAGUUAAGAGGCAAUGUGCCUCAUUUCCUUCCCUUUAGCAUAGGUAAGCGUACAUGUAUUGGACAAAAUUUGGUGAAAGGGUUUGGAUUUAUUUUGUUAGCAAAUAUAAUGCAACAUUUUUAUGUAACAAGUGUAGAUUUAUCAAAAAUUGUUGUCAAUAAGGCAACUGUGGCCUUGCCGGCCAAAUGUUUUGAGAUAGUAUUGUGUCCCAGAGUUGAGCACUUAAACCAAAUAAAUUAAACUAUAAAAAUGUAUCAUUAAAUAUAUUAAUUUUUGGAAAAAAGGAUUAAAUAAAUUAAGUGAAUUUCCGGCUUAUUAGAUUUACGAUUGAAUAAAUUGAAUAAAUAAAAACAGAAGAAGACAGGUAAUCAUA